AUGCAAUAACAAUCGACACAAUAAUAAUAGAGAUAAGAUACGGUAGUGCUCAAAGAAAGAGAAGAAAGACGAUUUGAAGAGUUUUUUAAUAAAUUUUCCAGGAAUGGCACUUCAUUGAAUUUUGCCGACAUCCUCAUGUUUGCACUCGAUCGCAGUCUGGUUACCAAUGGCAACAAUUUCAGCAUGUUCUUGACUCAUUUCGACGAUGCAUUGGGAGAUGUAAAAGGGGAAAGAGCACUCAAUAAGCCUUAAUUUUAUUUCUUUCUCAAGUAACUGGCAAAGAAGAUCUUUCACAAUGACCCUCUUCAUCUGGAGAAGAUGUUAAACGAGAUCUUAUCUGAGAAAAGUGCAGUUAGAGAUCACAAUGUGGAGCCCAAUCGAAUAAUUGUGCUUGAUGAAACUAAUAAAAGAUUAUUGGCUGAAUCCUCCAUCUAGGCUAUCUCACUCUACGAAAGGGAAUUAAAGAACAUAUUCACAAUCUACAUGCAAGAGAACUUGACACAUGGCAUAAUCAUGUUGAGAUGGAAGGAAAUUUGGGUUUAGAAUAAAAAGAUGAAUAUGGUAUCAUUAGUUAAAUUUUUAAGAGAUGCAGAAAUCGUACCUCAUAUUCUCUCUAUCGAAUAAUUGGAGGAAAUUCUAAUGAAGAUUAUUCCACCCAUCAAUAACAAGGAAUACGACUUUUUUUAAAAGGGUCAUUUCAUUUAAAUUUAUGAAAAAAAUCUAACAAACUGCAAUGAUACUGAUCCCUAAAUCUUAAUUCAUGAGCUUCAAUUGCUUCUCGCCAGAAUCUCAUUCGAAUUAGGACUCAAAGAAGAAGGAGGAGGAAAUCAAAAUAAUAGAAAGCUCGAUGUCGAAAAAUAUAUCAGGAAGUUCUUUGGCGAAUUAAUGCUAUUUAGAAAGAAUGAGAGUAUAGAAGGUCCACUCCCCAAUUUAAAUAGAAAACUUAUUAAAAACUUGGAGAAAUUCGCUCAAAAACUGCUGAAUGAUUUAAGCGAUUUUGAAGAUAAGGAUUCUUCAGAUGAUGAACCAGAUGGAACAGAUGAGUUACAAAGGAUAGCAGCAUUGUAAGGAUCUCUAUUAUUCGAAUAAGUGUCACUCAACAUCCCUGUAGAUUAAGUGAUUAAAAUGCUAGAUAAGGAAUUACCUCUGAUUCCUCCUUUGCCUUAAUAAGAAAAGCAAAUGCCUAAAUGGGAUCCAGAGAAGAGAGUAGUUAUAGGAAAUCCAAAACCAGAGUCUCCUAAAAAUAAGAAUGCCAAACCUAAACCAACCAAAAAACAGUAGUAGAGAAGAAAAGCUGGAGAACCUGAACCUAGGAAAGUCAUUUUUGAAUAAAAAACAGAACCUAAAUAAUCAGAAUUUUAUAUUCAGGAACUAGCUGAUAAAUUGAAAUUCGAAUAAAAACUUAUCUCCGAUGUUGAACGCGGUUCUCUCUCAGAUGUCUAGGUUGCCCCUGUGCUUAUACCAGAAGUGUUAUAUCCUCCAAAUCCUCCUUUGGAUGUAUAAUUUCUAGUAGAAGCUGCAAUCAAUUCUCACAAUGAAGCUAAUUUUGUGUUUGCUAUCUAGAAUUAUGAUGAUGCAAGAAAAAAAUGGAUUACUUCUACAGGAAGAGAUUUAACUGAUGGAUUAGAACUGUACUUUGAGUUCAGCAAGGCUACUGUGUAUGAAUCUGCUGGAAGAGAUGAUUUAGCUUUAGUGGCUUAUUUGAAUGCCAGGCAAUUUUCAACCAAAUUACCCACAAAUAACCCUGAUAAGGCUUUGGCCUAUUGCGGACUUGGAUCAGUGUUCUAUAAUACAGAGGAAUAUGAUUGGGCACUUAGAGCAUUUUUGAAGGCUAGAGAAUACAGAGAAAAUAGUAUUGGUAUAGAAACGGUUGACACUGCUACUGUGUACAAUAAUUUAGGAUGCUGUAUGUAUAUGUUAGAACGCAAUAAGGAGUCUUAUGGAUAUUUCAAAUUGGCUCAUGCCAUUUUAGAAUCUUAGUUGGGUCAAUUUCAUCCAAGAACAUUGACUGCAGCUAGGAAUAUCAAUAAAUCUAAAAAUUGUUGGUUUGAAAACAAGCCAGAGUUUCCUAAAUUAUGGGUUGAAUAUGCUUAAGACCCUUUUGCAGGGGGAAAGAAGAAGAAAAAGAAGAAGGGAAAGAAGUGA